UCCUCACUCGGCGUCCUGGUGGGAGUGUCCAUCAGAGGAAUAGAGGCCUUACCCCACGUACAAUCUUUCUUCAAUGGUCAUCAGCGCUCUGAAGUCUCAUCAGGCGUAUCACACGACUUGCGUGUACAAGUUCUUAUGCCUGUUCUUUCAUCACGUCACAUCCGCGGUUGAGGCAUCCGAGCAGACAUCCAUGUCAAGUCCACCAUCGAAAAGACCCCAUAGGGCGGUUGAGCUUUCCCCCAACGUCAUCUUCUCGACGUCCACGUCGGCUCCUAUGAUGGACGAAUCUCAAACUCUGCUGGCGCUGCCCGACGACGCGCUGCUGGCCGUGCUGGCGUUCCUGCAGCCCAGGCAGCUCCUGAGGUGCCGGCCGGUGUGCCGCCGCCUCCGUGACCUCUGCUUGCACCCGCAGCUUUGGAGGACCGUGAAAGUGCUCAAAGACGAUAAAGGACUGCAGUGCGCCGCCCUCCGCCUCGCCCCAUGUCUCCGUCUUUUGCAAGUCGCCAGCCCGUCCAGUGCGAACCUGGAAGCCGCAGUGUACAGCACCACCUGUGUCGUCAGCGAGUUUCAUGUGACACUGGAGGAAGAGUCUGGCCAGGCCUUCGCCGUGGCCGCACUUCAGCUGUUCUCUGCUCUUGGUGGUCUGCGGAAGCUUGCAGUGGCUUUUAAGUACCGCAUUGCCUCCAUUGAGACGACUCCACUCCUUCGGGUAGCCUACAGUUUGAAGCAUAUCAAUCAACUCACUAUCGGUUUUGCAUCGCACCUGCUUUCGCCCGAACCUUUGCCGUGGCCUGAGCAGAGGUCUUCCCUGACUGCGUUGCAGUACAUUACAGGAAGCGUUACGGCGGACCCCUUUCUUGGCUUAUUAUUACGAACACACGCGACGACUCUGGAAGAAGUGGCUUUCGAUGGUGCAUUGGAGGAGCUCCCUGUUGCUUUGCUGGUAAACAUGCCCAGGCUGCGGUCGUUGGACUGUCGUAGCCAAGACGGUGUGUCCCAGUUACAAGCAUUACCCAGCCUAGAGUCAAUCUCUCUCUACGUUCAUGAUGACGGCGCAUGGUCUCCCGGGGUGCUGGACUACCUCCGCCAGGCGCCGAAACUCCGGUCUGUUACGUUCGAAGGACCACAAGCUCACAUCGACAUUGUUGCUCCAUUGCGCGCUCUGGCCGAAUCGCCCUGUGCCAAUACCCUUCAAAGCCUGAGCCUGCACUGUAAGCUAGACAUGUUCGAGUUGGUGGCCUCCACUCCACCCCAGUUCCCGUCCCUGCAGACCCUGGAGCUCCACAUCAAAGAUGCAGGUCCCUUCGACACCUUCUUGCGGGCCGUGAGCAGCUCCACUGCGCCCUGCCUCACUGAGCUGAGGCUGGCUCCCGGAGGCUGCCCCCACGCCUUCCUGCACGGCCCCGCUCUCCUGGACCUGCUGGCGAGGAACCCCAGACUCCACUUCCGCAUCCUGAGUGCCGCCUUGCGUUCCUGUGCCUGCCAGUGGUGCGCGUGGGGCUGCCACGUGGAGCUGAGGGGGACUGCGCUGAGACGGGCGUUCGCGGGCCACGCCAGGACGACCGAUUGCCCCAAGGACUGCUUCAGGUGGCGGCCGUGGCUGCUUGAAUGAUGACCGAGGAAACCAUUUUUAUUUUCAAAUCAUUUGCACUAUUUGCUAAUUUGUGAAGCGGGUCAUCUUUCUCGUGAAAUGAGUCAAUUUCCUGAUUUCGCCUUGUUGCGGUUAUGGUAGUUUACCAUUUUAAGUUUCCACACGUGGAUAUGUAAAAUUUUGAAAAAGUGAAUUUUUUUUAGCGCCGAAGAAUUAACCGUGCAAACAGUUUGUUGUACCAGAAAAUUCCAAAUAAAAUUUGAAUUUGGAAA